AUGCAUGCAGGAGCCUUGUCGCUGGCCUUUCCUCCGCUCGUGCCUGGAUACCCUCACGUCUCUCACAUGUCACUCGUCUCACUCGCAUGCCUCUUCUGUCUGCUGGUUCUUCCCCCACUCGCCCCCUCUCCCUUCCACGCACCCCCAUCUGCCCCCGCCCAACACCCCUCCGCUACUCCCUGUUCCCGCCCACUUCCCCCCAGUGGCCUCUACUCCAACUACCUCACGGGCACCAUGCCCAUCCCCUCCACCUCCCUGGUCGCUCUGGACGUGGGCUUUAACUUCCUCUCGGGCUCCUUCCCCAAGCUCUCCCUCGCGGUCUGUGCGGCCGACCAGAACUGCUUCCUCAACUCCUCCUACUGCCGCACCUACGGCUCGAUGCAGCGCCCCGCCUCUGCCUGCGGCAUCUGCGGCACAACCAAUGGGCAGGGAACGCUUUGCAGUGGUGGACUUUGCUCCGCCAACAGCUCUCUGCCAGUCAGUCAGGGGAUUGUCAACACCCCCUCGGUGCCGCUGGUGUCCUUGACUUGUUCGGCACUGCUGUCGCUCAAGGCAUCGCUGGGACUGACGUUCACCUCGUGGGCAGCAAGUGUGCCGUGCCAAGUGGUUGGCAAGCAGGCUGCCGCACAGCCCACGUGGUCCGGCGUGCUCUGUAGUGAUGCUGGAGACGUGUUUUCCAUCUCGGUGGCGCGUCAGAAUCUAACGGGGUCUAUUGAUUCGGACAUCUCCAAGCUCACCGCACUCACUUACCUGGAUUUCGGCUACAAUCUUUUUCAGUUUGGUCUCACCGGGUUUGCCACACCAAUCAAAGACAUGACCUCUUUAAAGGCGCUCUUCUUCAACAACUGGUUCUCGGGAACCAUUCCCUCCUUCAUCGCCUCCCUGCCACAGCUUACCACCCUAGGCCUCUUCUCCAACUAUUUCACGGGCACCAUGCCCACCCUCUCCACCUCCCUGGUCGCUCUGGACGUGAGCUUUAACUUCCUCUCGGGCUCCUUCCCCCAGCUCUCUCUCAAGAGUUGUGCGGCUGACCAGAACUGCUUCCUCAACUCCUCCUACUGCCGCACCUAUGGCGCGCUGCAGCGCCUCUCCUCUGCCUGCGCCAUCUGCGGCACGACCAACGGGCAGGGAACGCUGUGCAGUGGUGGAAUGUGUUUUGCCGACAGCUUGCCAGUCAGCCAGGGAAUCGUCAACGUCCCCUCGUUGCCGCCGGUGGCCUUGACUUGUCCAGGGAAUGCUCCUCUAGUCCUCAUGAACGCUGGCUCAGCACUGCUGUCGCUCAAGGCAUCGCUGGGAGUGACGUUCACCUCGUGGGCAGCAAGUGUGCCGUGCCAAGUGGUUGGCAAGCAGGCUGCUGGACUGCCCACGUGGUCCGGCGUGCUCUGUGGCGAUAUCGGGGACGUGAUCUACAUGUAA